AUGUUGGCACUGUCGGUGGCCAGCGCCGGACCGCCAGCCGCUGGAUCUGCCGCUGCCCGCCGCCGGCUGCCGCCAGUGCCGCUGCCACUCUGCUCGAGGAGCCGCCAGCCCCAACAGCCGGCCAGGGCAGCCAGCAGCAGCAGUGAGCCAUUGGAAAGCGGCCCGCAGGAUGCAGACGCGUUGCUGCAACGCGCGGCGCACCUGCGUGCCGAGCAGCAGCGCCUGGAGCGGGAGGCGGCAUCGCUGGCGGCAUCGCUGAAAGGCCUGCCCUCAGCGCAGCAGCGAGUCGUGCUGGAGGCGCUCGGCUUGCAGCGGCAGCAGCAGCAGGCGCAGCAGCAGAAGCAGCAGGCAGCACCAACCCCACUGGAAGCCGCUCCCCAAGGGCAGCAGCAGCAGCAGCCGUCCAUGCGGCAGCGGGCUGCCGCGGGAGCGCAGGCGGAGCCGCCCCUUGCCGCCGUCCAGGGCAGCGAUGACUGGCUUGCAGCGCUGCCGCCGCACCUGCAGCAGGAAUUUAAGCAGUCGGGGCUGGCAGCUGCGCUGCAGGAACAGGCAGAGGCGGUGCAGCGGGAGCAGGAGUGGGCAGGGUCAGAGGAGUUUGGAGGCGGCGACAUGGAGGCUCUGGCGCGAAUGAUCGAGGAGGGCCAGGAGCUGCCGCCGAUGCCAGCGCAAGAGGUGCGGCUUGCCCAGGGCGGUGCAUGCCUGUCCCGUUGGGUUGUCCUCCUCAUCUACCUGUUGAGCUGCGGGUGUUGUCGCGUGCAGUGGGAGCGCGAGCCCGAGCCUGCGGACGAGUUCCGGGCGCGGCUGCAGGGCAGCAUUGACUACAUGAAUGCAGAUCUGAAGGGCAGCAAGCACCCCAAGCAGCAGAAGCAGCGCAAGAAGAAGUGGCAGGAGCAGCAGGAGGCGGCGGAUGGUGGCCAGACCGAGGGAGAGGCCGCAGCGCCAGGAGGCGGCCGUGGCGACGGUGGUGCGGAGGCCCAGGAGGGCGAGGCUGGCAGCGGCGAGGUCGGCGAGGAGCUGCAGCGGCAGAUCGCGGCUGCCGAAGCCGCCGCCGAGCAGCACACCAGCGACACGUUCGCCACCUGGCGGGCGGGGCGCAUGUUUGCGGGGAGGCCCGACCUGGCGGCAGCCUACGCGCGCGGCUGGUCCCAGUCCAAGCGGUGGGACAAGAUGUGGGAGAGCGGCGAGGCUGAGGAGGAGGUGAUGACGGAAGAAGUGCGGCGCAGCGUGCCCGCCCCGCCCCUGCCGCCCGACGUGCGCCUCGUGUUCAAGGCCGCUGAGCGCAUCGCAUACGUGCUGCGCAGGGCACACAUGGACAGCACAGAUCCCGACGCACCCCUGCUGGCGCUGCAAAGCAAGGGGCUGGUCAGCGAGCAGCUGCUUCUCCAGGAUCCAUUCAUCCAGUGCCAGAGCCUCGACAGGGCCCUCAACUAUAUGAAGCGGCUGCGCCUGGCCGGCGCCAAGCUGGAUCUCUCGACCCUCAUGCUUCGCUGCGGCAACUACAGCCCGCAGAUGGAGUGGAAGGUGACGAUCGACUGCUUCCUGGACCUGCCCUACCCUCCCUGGUUCUACGGCUGGGUGGCCCUCAACCAGGGCGCCAGCUCAGCGGCCGCCAGCUCAGUGGGCGCCGCCCCGGGGCCGCUGGCCCUGGGUGCCGCCGCCUCGCUGGAGGCCGCCGAGGCGGCGGCCGUGGAGGAGCGGCGGCGAAUCGAGGAGCAGGAUGCCGCGCUGGCGGUGAUGCUGCUGGAGGCUGCGCAGGCGGCGGCAGAGGCUGCCGGUCGACCCCUGGAUGAUCAGGCAGUGCUGUCUGUCAUGAAGACGGCGGCGGGCGUGGCGCUGCGGCGCCAGCGCGAGCAGGAGGCUGCGGAGGCAGCGCAGGCUGCCGCCUCGAUGCAGGCGUCUGCGGAGGCAGAUGAGGCGAUGGAGGAGGAGGCGCGGCAGCCGGGGGGCGCGCCGUGGCGGGACCCAGACCCUGCUGACCUGGCGCCAGCAGAGCUGGUGGGCGUGCACUCGGAGCCUUACGUCCACGACGGCCAGAAGCGGCGGCACCGCUGGGUGCUGCUGGACUUUGAGAAGCGACACCGCCAGCUGGGGCGCCAGCAGUUUGACGUCUACCCCCGCCACCCGCCUGCUGCUGCUGCUGCUGAGGAGGAGGAAGAGGAGGAGGAGGAGGAGGAGGGUGGAGGGGCGCGAGCAGGGGCAGGCGCGCAGGGCGCCAGCGCGCAGCAGCAGCAGCAGCUGGGGGAGGAGUGGGAUGAGGAGGCGGAGGAGGCGCGGUUUCAGGAGGAGGUGCGGCGGCAGUACCGGCUGCUGCUCCCCGCGGCCCUGCUGGCGGAGGACUGGGGACGCGAGGGGCAGCAGCAGGCGCAGCAGCAGCAGCCCCUACAGCAGCAGGCGCAGCAGCAGCCCCUGCAGCAGCAGCAGCAGGCGCAGGAAGCGAGCCGGCGCGGCAGCGGCAGCAGCGGCAGCGGCAGCGGGGUGGCCCGUGCCAGCAGCAAGACGAAGCGGCGACGGGACGCAGGUGCGGGCGCAGCAGCAGGCUCGGCGGGAGCUGCAGAGGGCCCUGCGCCUGACGCCAGCGGCAGCACAGGCAGUGCGCAGCGGCGAGACCAACAGCAGGCGCAGCCGCAGCAGGAGCCUGAGCAGGAGAGCGUGGAGGAGGAGGAGGAGGAGCUGUUCCCCUUUGUGUUCGACUGGGAGCGGCAGAGGCGACGGCAGGAGGCAGGCCGCGAGCUGCGCCAGGUGCUGGGUGCCAACUUCGACAAGGCCAUGGCGCAGCUGCCACACAUGGGCCGCACCCGCGGGCGCAACUCCAACGCAACGCUCAACCAGGAGGCAGACGAGGAGGGCACAGGCUGGCUGGGGGGCGAGUGCAUGACUGUGCAGGCCACCUUCACUUACACAAUGGAUGCCUCCAGCUGCCUGGUGGACACGGUGGGCAUCACCUGGGGAGCCGUGCACGGCCUGCACCUGCUCGAGCUGACGGACGUGUUUGAUGUAUACCUGGAGGCCACCGGCCUCCUGCAUGAGGCGGAGUGCGCCCAGGACGAAGAGGAGGAGGAGGAGCUGCGGCAGCAGGGAGUCGUGGUCACCAGACGCGACGCCAGCAAGCGUGGCGUGGCCGAGGGGCAGCGCGUGGGGCGGUCGGCGUGCUGGCGGCCCAUCUCGCGGCAGGUGGCGCAGCAGCAGGAGCAGGCAGACGAAGGGCAGCAGUAGCUCCCUCAGCCAGCACUCGUUUUCCCUUGUCCGCUGCUGAUUCCCCCUGUUGUCUUCAGGCGUGCCUGCCUCUUUGCCCUUCCCUCUUUUUGCCCUUCCCUCUUCACCGUGAUUCCUGGCUCUUGGUUCGCUAUCGGCGUGUCACAAGGGGCGCCGC